AUGGGUCUCGCUCCUUUGCCUUCUUCUCGAUCAGACCAGAACUCAACCGAUCUUGAGAGCGGUCUCUUCGAAUCAAACGAGGCACAAUCAACGUCUAGGGAAACAAUCACCCUAUCCGAUGUUUUCGAAGCAGCCAAUGCCGUCAAAAACCCCUCCGUCAUCACUAAGGCACUAAUAUACUUCAUUAGCGGCGAUUUGAAGAUAACUGAUACUUGGGUCUUCGUGGCGUUCUUACUGACGCUGUUCUUAUUCUCUUACACGAUUUAUGCUUUUCUCUUGCUUCUAAAGUUCUUGCUUGUCAAGUUCCUGGAAAUCUGUUGUCAGGACUGCUUGAAGGCAAUGGCCGCGGAGAGCCAGGACUGGUAG